GAUUCCAACCUCGGCCGGUCCUUACUUUGAUUUUUCAAGUAUUUUUCUAUCAUUCCAAGCAAACAAGAUAACUUUCUAAACCCGAAAUCACGCGAAUAUACAUCUGUCAUCAUGCAAUUCUCCAAAAUCUCCGGCGCAACUGCCGCCCUCCUUAUCUCCAUGAUCUCUGCCUCCCCCAUCGCUCUUACCUCCGAUGUCGUUCAGCACAGUGGAUCCCACGUUAAACCUACCGGUUCUAUCGAGCACUCCUUCAAGAUCCACUCUACCGGUUCCUUCACUGCUGAGGAGCCCAUCCCCACUAGCACCAAAGAAGAGGAAUCUAAAUUCACCAUCCACCCAUCUGGUGGUAAGAACGAAGCCCAUCACUUCCGACCAUCUGGUUUCGAGUCUCAUGACGGCCCCAAACCAACUGGUCUUGCAUCCAAAGCCCACGAAAGCAGCCAUGCCAGGCCAACUGGUCAUUUCUCUAAGAGAGCUGUUGAAACAGAUAUUGUCGAAGGUACUACCGUGCGCAAAUCCCACAAUGCAAAGCCCACAGAGAUUGCAGUUCACGAGCAUGAAAGUAGCCAUUCAAAGCCUACUGGUAGUGGGAAGAAAGAACAUGUCCAUCCCUCUGCAACCUCUGUCUUCAAAGACAAGAAGCCAUCUGAAAGUGGUCAAGCUAAGAUAUCUGGAAAGGGUAGAAAGGAACAUAAGAGUGGAGAUGCAAAACCUACUGGAGUCAAGGAGAAUAAGCCACAUAAGAGCGGAAAUGCUAAGGCAUCUGGAAAGAACGAGAAGGAACAUAAAUCUACUCAUACUAAACCUACUGGAACGAAACAGCCCUCUGCUCAUGAAUCCGGCAAUGCCAAACAUUCUGGUACCAAGCAGCACUCUCAGGUUCACGAAUCAAGCCAUGCUAGGCCUACCGGGCAUAAAGAGUCCGCUCGUGCUGCUGAAAGCGGUCAUGUUAAACCAACUGGUACUCACGAGAGUGGACAGACUAAGCCUACUGGCAAAGGCAGCAAAGGUCACGAGAGUGGACAAGCAAAGCCAACCGGCAAGGGAAACAAGGAACACAAAUCAAACCACUCCAAACCAACCGGUAAAGGAGGCAAAGAACACAAAUCCCAGCACGCCAAACCUACCGGCACCAAAAUACACUCUCAAUCGCACGAAUCCGGUCAUGCUAGACCUUCCAAUGUUAAAGAAUCAGCUCGGGCUGUUGAGAGCGGCCAUGCUAGGCCCACUGGUGCCCACAUGCAAAAGCCUGAAUUCACGGGUAGGGUUGAGAUUGAUAGUAAGACUUUUGAAUUUAAGACUGAGACGAUGACGUUUGGAACUAAGACGUUUAUCGUUACUGGGGUUUUGCCUGAGGAGACCGGAAAGUUUAACAUCCUUUAGAGAUUCAAGGAUUAGAUUUUUCGGUUUGGAGAGAUGGAUGUUAGGGAUGUUUUUUUGUGAGCUUGGUGACUUGAGGAUGUUCUUUAGAUUCUUUUUCUGUACUUUUUGCAAAACCACUUUUUGUGGAGGCGUGGAAGAUAUAUGUUUCAAUGUCUGAGAUAGCUGUUUUAGAAUUUGUUGUUUAAAGAGAGAUUAGCA